CCUAGCCGACGAGCUCCUGCAGACCGCCGCCGCCCCGCGCGCUCUGCUGGCUACCGCCACCGUGGUGCUGUCCGCCCCGGGCUGAGGUCUGUACAUAGUCGCUGCUCCACCGCCGGCCGCCGGGCCCUGCCUCCUCUGCGCCCAACCACCCACGAAUCCGCGUCGCCGUCCUACUCCCCGGCCGUCGCGCUGCACUCGAGCUUACUCUUCAGAAGAGAUGGGAGAUAGAGAAAGGCGAAUGGUGUUUGUGACAGUAGGGACGACAUGUUUUGAUGCUCUUGUCAAAGUGGUAGAUUCUGAGGAAGUCAAACAAGCACUACUGCAGAAAGGUUACACAGACCUUCGGAUUCAAAUGGGCCGAGGAACAUACACGCCAUCCAAGGCCUCAGGAAAUUCAAAUCUUCAAGUUGAGCAUUUCACCUUUUUACCAAGCAUAGCUGACAACAUACGAGAAGCAUCCUUAGUCAUCAGUCAUGCAGGUUCUGGCAGCAUAUUUGAGACGCUGCAACUGGGCAAGCCUCUUAUCGUCGUUGUGAAUGAAGAUCUGAUGGAUAAUCACCAAAGUGAGUUAGCAGAGGAACUGGCCGAGAGGAAUCACCUUUUGUGUGCCCAUCCACAGACGCUGCGAGCAACCGUCGAGGCGAUGGAUCUGCAUGCGCUCCAGCCGUACAUUCCAGGAGAGGCGAGGCCAGUUGUGGCACUGAUCAACGAAUUUCUUGGUUUUCCUGUCGAUUGAUAGUGAGGCCAGUUGUGGCACUGAUCAACGUUUCUUGGUUUUCCCGUCGAUUGAUAGUACACAUUUUCUCUUCAUGUAGAUGUACUCAA